UAGUAUCCAAGAUACUUUACUGCUCUACUAAUAGGACUAAAGAAGGAAAGGGUCUGAAAAAGUCUCUGGUUUGCCACUAUACUUUUGAUCGAGAACCCCUUAUGAGUACCACCAUCUAAUAUUAAAUAUUAGCUGUUCAUGUGGUAUGGUUUUAAAGGGACGUAAUUUAAAUUAGUAGUAUAAAUUACUUAAUUAUGUCUAUGUACAGUUAGAAUUUAAUAUUGCGCCGUUAGUAUCAACUGGGUGACGUGUGGCAACUUUUGCAAAUCAUCAGCAGAUUAUUCUGUAUUUUAUAUUAUUAUCGUUAUUAAUUAUCGUUAUUAAUUUCUUCUAUUAGUCAAUCCGUUUUUAUUCGAUUUAGUGCAGCCGAUUUACCAUCAUAUGAGAAUAACAUCUUUAGUUCAUGUGAAACGAGACCGCUUACAUAAUUUGUGGUCGUUUUAGCUGCAGAAAAGAAAAAUUUUGCGACUAUUGAAGCAUUGAAGUACAUAUAAUUGCAGAUUACUAGUUAAUGGGAUUGAAUGAAGUAUUCACGCUUUCAAUAUACUUUGGUUGAUGAUAUAUUAACUCAUCUUAUUUCUUCACAUCAGGAAAAGCAGUUGAACGUCUACUCGUUCCCUACCUGCUAGCAAAUUAGUUGCAACGAUGGCUUGCAUAUUAUCAGAGAAAGACGAAGCAUUUAUGCUCGCGGCUUUUGAAGAGGCACGGGAGGCACUACAGGCUGGAGAAGUACCGGUCGGUUGCGUGUUUGUACAACAUGGCGUCAUUAUUGCCAGAGGCCGCAAUACCGUCAAUGCUACUCGCAAUGCUACGCGGCACGCCGAGAUAAAUUGCAUCGAUGAAGUUUUAGCGUUGUCAUCCCAUUCUCUUCAUGAUAAUUCGCAUCAAUUUUGUGCUUCUGGCGCGCAAGAUGAAAAAGUUGAUGGUCUACGCCAUUCAUCAACGGAUAUUUUCGAGUCGAUUGACGUGUAUGUGACCGUUGAACCUUGCGCCAUGUGCACGGAUGCUCUCGGGCAGCUGCGCGUUAGGAGCGUUACGUUCGGCUGUAGUAACGAUAGGUUUGGAGGUUGUGGCUCAGUCGUCGAUGUUCCCAGCAUUUACAAAUACGAUUUCAUGUUACGGAAAAAUGUGUGUCAGGAAAAAGCAGUCCAGCUGCUAAAGGAUUUUUACAAAGGAGAAAAUCCAAAUGCUCCGUCUGGGAAAGCGAAACGCAAGCUGCCAAGCUCUAAGACCUAAAAUGAAGCUGUGGAAGGCAAGUCGCAUUUAAUUGCCAUUGAACCUUCAUAUUUUAGCUUUUUCCGCUUAUAGAGAAACUUUCCAUGCUAAGCCAUGAUAUGGUCUUAUAUUAAAUCUUACUUUUACUGUUCCUUUGGUUCUCAAAUUCACAAUGAAUAUUUCAAUCGGUGAUGUUGCUGACUCAUAUAUAGGACUAAUUUUUCCCCUUAGCUUCAAGUCGAAGCCGAGUUCUAUGCGAUGAAUACAUAACUGGACUCAAAUCUCUAAAUUUCAUUUUAACUUUUCAAAUAGAUAUUGUCAUUCGACAUCGACAGAGCUCAAGACAAUCAUUGCUCUUCCUUAUCUAGGUACGCAGAUUGUCAACUCGUUUUCAUUGCUGAGCGGAACUACUGAUGAGUUAGGUUGUCGUGACAGCACCUCUUCGUUCACCUCUAUUUUGUAAACGAAAUUUUAUGCUUGGGAAAACUCGAAUUGAUUUCUGAGUCAUCUGUAGGCAGUUGAUGAGAACUAUUGUAUUUUGGCAUUUACGGCUGUUUGUUUAUGCUUAAAAAUUUCGUGUUCUGAAAAGAUUGUCAAGUAUGUAACGGUAUAUCGUUGCACACUCAUGAUUCAGUUGAAUAUUUGAUGCGAAGUGUCGACGUUCAACGCUUACCGGCACUUUAUAAAACUGCCGGAUGUGUUGAGAGAGUCACAUUUGUAACCAUCUCGCGGAGCAAUGUAAUUUUCUUUUUUUCUCAAACCUCACAAGAUACGAGUACAUUGAUAAGCAAUUUUAUAAUGCGAUUCGAAUGUAUGUACAUUUUUAUGACUAUAUUGAAUCUUUUGCGCUUUUACAUUAAAUUAAUUCGAUUGAUCUUCAAAUAUGAUUAUAUAAUCUUUGUUUUGCUAUCAAGGUGUCUGAAAUAUAAUUAAAAUUUUCCAAGGUUUGCAUGAGCAUCCGUUGAACUUAAAUGGUUUUAUCUCGUUAGGCCUACCCAAUUUUCCUGUACACUCUACAUCAUCUAAUUAGGAUUGAAAUUGAGCGGUAAUUUCACAUUAUCCAUCAAUAUUAUUUGCGAGUAGUGACGGAUUCGUGUUUACAAUUUCCACAUACUUUUUAGGCUAUUGUGUUCAGUGCGUUAAGUGAAGUACUCGUAGAUAUGGUAGAGGUUUUGAUUGCACGGGAAUUUACAAUUCGUAUGUAUAAAAAGGAAUUUGUUCAAGAUACAUCAGAUAAUGAUCUGAUAGGCUUUUGCAUGAAGUUAAUCGAGUGAAUGGCUUCUGGAAAUGCCUAUCAGAAUUUUCGAUCGGAUUUUCGAUCUUCGAUCUUUCAGAUCGAAAAAAAACACAAAAUUCCCUAUUUUCGGGAAUCAGAAGGUAUUUCGAAUUUCAAAUUGUAAUUUGAAUAAAAUGCUAGCUAAUAAACUUGUCGGAAUAACUGUUAUGAGUGCAUCGAGGCGGAAAAGUAAACCUUCAACCUUGUGAAGAACUUGCAACGGAAUUUUCACCGUCCAAGGAAUAGGCAAACUGAGGUUUUUGAAAAAUCGAAGCGUCAGAGAUAUGAUUACAAUUUGGUUCUGGAGAA